CCUUUCCAAAAAAUCUACGGAACGGUGACUUGUGUUGCAACUUGUCCGAACCGGAAGUUGCAAGGCAGUCCGAGCAUAUUUAUACCCAAUGAAGUUUUCCACACGUGAUUGUACACCCGCCGUAAAGUCACAGACCGACCAAGCGCAACCGUGAGGACGCUGGUUGCAACCUUUUUUUGGGAUCGGGAAACAACGCACACACACAUGGAGGGAAAGCACGCACGAUCACCUACCGACUUUUUGAACUCGGCCAUUGGUCACCGUGUUAUUGUAAAAUUGAACUCUGGCAUUGAUUAUAAAGGCGUUCUUGCUUGCUUGGAUGGCUACAUGAAUAUUGCUUUGGAAGGUACCGAAGAGUACGUUGAUGGAAAACUGAAAAACAGAUAUGGCGAUACCUUCAUUCGAGGCAACAACGUGUUGUACAUCAGUGCCGAAAAAUCAGCAUGAUUAAACUACCUCGUCUCUAUGUUUCCUUUUUUUUUCGAUUUCUAUCAUCCUUCAAUGAUUAAAUAUUACAGUCACUCGCAAGAC